UUCUAGAACUGUGGAUUCUGCGCGUGGGGCUUCGCGGGAGGUAACCUAUCAAUACUCUCCCAAUUCCACUGAAAGAAACGAAGACGCUGGCUUUAAACGGACACGUAUCUGACUGUUUGAAAUGAGCUACAUGGGCAGAGGAACUCCUCUCAGACUCGCUGUGGUGGUAAUAUUGUUCUCAUCGGGAAUGCCGUGGACUUUCCGUGAGGAGAAUGAGGAUGCGGACAGAGAAGUGUGUUCGGAAAACAAAAUCGCAACUACGAAAUAUCCUUGCGUAAAAUCCACGGGAGAGGUGACAACAUGCUACAGAAAGAAGUGCUGUGAGGGUUUUAAGUUUGUGCUGGGACAGUGUAUUCCAGAAGACUAUGACGUGUGCGCUGGGGCCCCUUGCGAACAACAGUGUACUGAUCAUUUCGGCCGUGUGGUAUGCACCUGUUACCAUGGUUAUCGUUACGACCGAGAACGACAUAAAAACCGUGAGAAACCGUACUGCCUGGACAUUGAUGAAUGUGCCAACAAUAACGAGACGGUGUGCUCACAGAUCUGUGUGAACACCCCUGGCAGCUACCGCUGUGAAUGCAAGAGAGGCUUCUACCUAGAAGAUGAUGGAAAAACAUGCACCAGGGGCGAAAGAGCUCCGCUUUUCGAGAAGUCAGACAACGUCAUGAAAGAGGGAACAUGCUCGGCCACAUGUGAGGACUUCCAUCAGAUGAAGAUGACUGUUCUCCAACUCAAACAGAAGAUAGCCAUGUUGCCAAGUAACACGGAGGUGAAUAAGCAGAUGACCAAUGAAAAGAUGCUGACAAGACCUGGACCUCCUGGACCACCUGGGCCAGCAGGGAGCCCAGGACCCAAAGGUUCCCCUGGCCCUCCAGGACAGAUGGGGCCACCAGGCUUGCCUGGCCCUCGUGGUGACAUGGGGCCCAUUGGUACCUCUCCGGACCUCUCUCAUAUCAAACAAGGUCGGCGUGGUCCAAUGGGUCCUCCUGGGGCGCCAGGGAAAGAUGGCAUGAAGGGAGAGAGAGGGCUUCCCGGCCUUUCUGGACCUCCAGGCCCACCUGGAUCCUUCGACUUCCUGUUGCUCCUUAUGGCCGACAUUCGUCAUGACAUCGCAGAACUACAGAAUAAAGUGUUAGGAAGACCGUUGCGUUCUUCUGGAGAGGACUUACCCCCUGCCCCGGACACCUGGAGAGAUAACCAGGAAAGUCUGGACUUUGGCUCCGGAGAAGACUACAAACCCCAGAGCCCCACCAAGAGCACCAGGAAGAGAAAAUUGCACCGAACCUUAAAUAAUCCAGAUUGGCCGAUUUGAGACCGGCAAACAAAGAACUGAUUAAACAGAGAAUGAGUGGUGUAAAUAUCACAGAAUGGUUGCUAUUUAACUGUACACUCUAGGGGGGAAAAAGGCUGAAUGUAUUUCAUUGUAUGAAAUUUCUAUUUUUAUAACAUAAAGACUGUACAUUUUUGUAAUUUCUGCAUUUUGAAUGAGUCAUUUGUCCACCAGAUAAGAAAAAUUAACAAUCACGCAUGGUACUCUGGUCUUGAACCAUACAUUUUCAAAUAUGUGAGCAAUUAACUCCCUUAUCAUGAUUUUACCAGCACCACACACACGGUGUACAUUUGGUCCGGUUCAGUGAAUGCAUGAAAACAAUCAAUGAAGUGUACACACCAAACAAAACUGGCUCUCAUUUAGAUUUUUCUGCAAGUUUAUACCUUUUCUCAUACUCCCAAUCCAAGCCAGUAGAUCAACAUUUUAAAUAAACCUCUUUUAAAACAU